AAAGGCUCCUGCGCAGCCAGGAACGGAACCAAGGACCAGAAACCGGUCUUACCUUUUCCACAUCCUACUUCCUCUCCUGGAGGAGUGGGUGAAGCGUGUGGCAACUACAGAAAGUGCCAGAGCGGCUUGUGCUGUUUACAAACACACAAUUAUGAUGGUGCUUGGGCCACCUGUCAACCUAAAGGGAGACCCGGACAGCAGUGCUCAGAGGACCAAGUCAAGGGUGGAACCUAUACUGCUCACUGCCCCUGCCUCACAGGUCCAUGUCCAGCAAUUCCGAAUAACAGAUGUCUUUAUUUGCCAAAUAAUUGAAUAAACAAAGUACGGUUAUAAACCUCCAUUUUUUCCCGCGUGCAGCUGCCGUGAACUACUGAAUCAAAGAGAGUUUAUAUGGCAAUCGCACGAAA